ACGCCUCCUCCCCUCCUCUACUUCCCCUCUUUUCACGUCUUCACUUUUACUUCCCUUCUCUUCCACCGCCACCCCUAUGUCUAGUCCUCCUCCGCAACCCGCCUCCAAUCGGAGGGUGCCACCGCCGUGCUGGACCCGGGAGGAAACCCUAGCCUUGAUCGAGGCUUACCGGGAAAAGUGGUUCGGUCUUGGACGUGGUAACCUCAAGGCACCUGAUUGGGAUGAUGUGGCUAUCGCUGUCUCUUCCGCAUCGGUUUCUGGGACUAAGUCUUCCGUACAGUGCCGGCACAAGAUCGAGAAGCUGAGGAAGCGUUACCGUGGUGAGAAGCAACGGAGUCUCAGGUGUCCAGGCAAGUUCUUUUCUUCUUGGGAUUUGUUUCCUCUGCUGGAUUCUAUGAAUUUUGCUUCUUCCUUGGCAACUGGAUCUGGUGAUCAUGAUCAUGUUGUUGAUCAAGAAAUCGCCGCUGAUGAGAUUCGUUUAAAAUUGAAAAAUCAUGGCAGGGGUGAUGGGGUUUCUGGGUCUAAUUUAGGUUUUGAUCAUGAUUAUGGAGAUGGGUAUGGGUCAAAAUUUGCCAAUUUCAAAGGGAAUUUUGAUUCUGAUCACGAACUGGGAGGUGGGUAUGGUGUGACGUUGAUGGGUAAUAGAGAUUUGGGAGCACAAGAUAUGAUGUUUAGAAGUAAUGGUAGAAUUGUUGAUGGGUAUGGUUCUGUCGUUGACAUGGAUCGCAGUGUUGGUGGGUUUCCUGUCAGGAGUCUAGGUGAUCGGAGUUCGUUGCCUUCAGGGGUUAAAGCUAAGAAUUAUAGCAAGUUGGAUGUGAAUUUUAGCUCUAAUCUUGAUUAUGAUUAUGGUAUAGAAGAGUAUAUGAUUGAUGAAGGAGGUGGAUUUCGAGCUAAAGUUCCAACUGAUUGGGAUUCAAUACCUCCAGGGAUUCCUUUGAAAAGGAAAUCUGGGGGAAUUGAUGGGGGGAGCUUGGAUCCCUCUGCUGAUUAUGAGGCUUUGAAUGGAUUUGUUUCUUCGUCAAGACAGCAUUUCGGGAGGAAGAACAAUGAUGGUGGUAGAGCUAAAAGGGGCUUGGAUCCAGUGGAAGAGAUGGUUUCAUCAAUUAAGGUUUUGGCAGAAGGUUUUGUCAAGAUGGAGAAGAUGAAGAUGGAAAUGGUGAAGGAUAUUGAGAAAAUGAGAAUGGAGAUGGAGAUGAAGCAUAACCAGAUGAUACUCGAAUCCCAACAACAGAUUGUGGAUGCAUUUGCUAAAGCAUUGUUGGAAAAGAGGAAGAAGAAAAAACCAAGGUGCUGUCACCCAAUGCAAAUAUAAAUGGAGAUGAAGCAGAAUAGCAAAAUGAUACACUACUUGCAGGUAUUGUUGACGAAGAGGAGAAAAGCAAAUAUGGUGUCACUCAAUUUUAAGACGGAAUAGUGUAGCCCACGGUUUUAGCAGCAUUCCUUUCAAAGGUAAUUUUCCAAUUUUUGUUGGAGACACAGAGAGCUUUUUGUUCUUGGUUAAGAAGAAAUCUGUAGAAUGGAUGUUACUACUCAAAGAUCACAUAUUUUGAUAUCCAUAAUGUGGAUAAACUAGGGAUUGUUAUCUAUUUACCAGUGAAUUCUUGAAAUUCUAUUAUCAGUGAAUUUUUGUUCAGGCAUAUCAAUAGAAUUUAUGUGAAAUGCAAGAUUUCUUCUGAAUCAAGUGUAGCAUAGUUUAUGAGGUAGUUAGAGAUGGUGUUUGUUCAACAGCCAAGCAGGGGCAGGGCCAAAUGCAGCUACUUGAUUUAAGCUGAUGAAAUUCAGAGCCUGCUUUCAUUUAGCUGAUGAAAUUAUGGUCCCAUGUCCAGUUAGAUUGUAGGGUUCAGCAACCCCACUAAACCAGGCCAACUCCUUUUUCUGCUAGAAUGAAUGGCACAUGGUUGCUCAAAUUUUUACCCCAAUGCCCAAUGCUUAUGGGCAUGUGACGUACUGAAACUGAGAAAAUGAAAAGGCUGACAACUU